AAACUCCUUUCCCUUUGCCACAUGGCCCUUGCGGUCGUCCCUGUCCUUGCUGCGUCUACCAGCAAGCAGGAAAUGCAGCAGUUACAGCCUCCUUUGUCCACCCAGGAAAUUCAGUACUUGCAAAAGGACCCGUUGAUCACCCACAAAGUGACCUUUACUGUGGCCCAAAGAACCGAAAACGGCGACCAAGAGUUGGGGGACCUCACCAUGGGUAUGUUUGGCACAGUUGUGCCCAAGACAGUCGAAAACUUUGUCCAGUUGGCCAAUAUGACGUUUGGAUACGGCUAUAAGAACUCUAUCCUCCACAGAAUCAUCUCUGGAUUCAUGAUUCAGGGAGGGGAUUUCGAGCGUGGAGUGGGAACUGGAGGGCAUUCGAUCUACCCUUCGGGAAAGUUCAUCGAUGAAAACUUCGAGCUCAGCCACAACAAAAUGGGGAGGAUCUCCAUGGCCAAUAGUGGGCCCAACACCAACGGAGCUCAGUUCUUUAUCACCAACAUCGAAGACAACACCCGUUUGGACGGGGUCCAUGUUGUGUUUGGACAGUUGAUUGGUGGCUUCGAUGCACUCCACAAGAUCAGCUCGGUGAAAACGGGUGCAAUGGACAGACCAGUCGAAGAAGUCUACAUCAAAGAUGUUAGUGUUGUCACCUUGAGUAAGGGAGGCAAAGACUUGCUCCGUUUCGACCUGGUUCCCGUCAACAUCGAAGUGGAUGAUGCAGGAAGUAACUUUUACAUGUAUUUCUUUGGGUUGUUGCUUUUGGCUGGAUGUUUUUUCUUCUACAACCACUGGUACCAUAAGAAGCAGUACAUCACCGAUAUUAAGGACUCCGCAUACUUUUGAAAGGUAGUGAGUAGUACUUGACAUUAAAGGGGAUAAUAGAUCCAAGUUACAAUUUCUUCAAUUCUUCCUAUCUGAAGGUGAUCCCGCGCCUGAUGUAAGUGCUCUAGCUGAUAAAUAGAACCAUAAAAAAAACUGGUGUACUCACGUACUUGACUGGAUAACGUGGAUGUAAUUGCACUCAAAUCAAGCUGUCAAAAACCCAUAUGGUUACAUUACAGAAAUAUCUAAAACCUGGUACAAGUAUUUAGUUAGUUGUAUUUGCAAGUAUUGCAACACCAAAGUUGGGGAAACAAUUCUGUAUAAUGCACAAAGCCAGGCUGUUUAUCCGUCUUCAUGGAACGAGUUUGACA